AGGCAUCAGAGUGUGUUCAGGACCAUGGAGAGCAGCACCCAGCCCCCUUCCUCAGAUCCCCUGGACCCUUUCCCCCAGAGGAGCCUGGAGCCAGGAGACAUUGCCGUGUUGGUCCUGUACUUCCUCUUUGUCCUUGCUGUAGGACUAUGGUCCACAGUGAAGACCAAGAGGGACACAGUAAAAGGCUACUUCCUGGCUGGAGGGGACAUGGUGUGGUGGCCGGUGGGUGCCUCCUUGUUUGCCAGCAACAUUGGGAGCGGGCAUUUCGUUGGCCUGGCCGGGUCCGGGGCUGCGUCUGGAAUCUCCGUAGCUGCGUAUGAGCUCAAUGGCAUGUUCUCUGUGUUGAUGCUGGCAUGGAUCUUCCUCCCAAUCUACAUCGCCGGCCAGGUCACCACGAUGCCAGAAUACCUGAGGAAGCGGUUUGGCGGCAGCAGGAUCGCCAUCACGCUCGCCGUCCUCUACCUGUUUAUCUACAUUUUCACCAAGAUCUCAGUGGACAUGUAUGCCGGGGCCAUCUUCAUCCAGCAGUCUUUGCACCUGGAUCUGUACCUGUCUGUGAUUGGGUUGCUGGUCAUCACGGCCCUGUACACCAUAGCAGGUGGCCUGGCGGCUGUGAUCUACACAGAUGCUCUGCAGACCCUGAUCAUGCUUGUCGGCGCGCUCACCUUGAUGGGCUACAGUUUUGCUGAGGUCGGCGGGUUGGAAGGUCUGCGGGAGAAAUACUUUCAGGCCCUUCCCAGCAACCGGAGCGAGAACAGCAGCUGUGGGCUGCCCCGGCAAGACGCCUUCCAUCUCUUCCGGCACCCGCUGACGUCUGACCUGCCGUGGCCCGGGAUCCUGUUUGGGAUGUCCGUUCCAUCCUUGUGGUACUGGUGCACGGACCAGGUGAUUGUCCAGCGGUCACUGGCUGCCAAGAACCUGUCCCACGCCAAAGGAGGUUCUCUGAUGGCCUCAUACAUGAAGGUGCUGCCCCUUUUCAUCAUGGUGUUUCCUGGGAUGGUCAGCCGCAUCCUCUUUCCAGACCAAGUGGCCUGUGCAGACCCAGACAUCUGUCGGAGGGUCUGUGGCAACCCCUCGGGAUGUUCCGACAUCGCCUACCCCAAGCUGGUGCUGGAGCUCCUGCCCACAGGACUCCGAGGGCUCAUGAUGGCUGUGAUGGUGGCUGCUCUCAUGUCCUCCCUCACCUCCAUCUUUAACAGUGCCAGCACCAUCUUCACCAUGGACCUCUGGAAUCACGUCCGGCCUCGCGCGUCAGAGAGGGAGCUCAUGAUUGUGGGCAGGGUCUUCGUGCUGCUGCUCGUUGUGGUCUCCGUGCUCUGGAUCCCCGUGGUCCAGGCCAGCCAGGGAGGCCAGCUCUUCGUCUACAUCCAGGCCAUCAGUUCCUACCUGCAACCGCCCGUGGCUGUGGUCUUCAUCAUGGGAUGCUUUUGGAAGCGGACCAAUGAGAAGGGUGCCUUCUGGGGCCUCGUCCUGGGCCUGCUCCUGGGCUUCCUUAGGCUCAUCCUGGACUUCAUUUACGUGCAGCCUACCUGCGACCAGCCGGACGAGCGCCCCUCCGUGGUCAAGGACGUCCACUACCUCUACUUCUCCAUGAUCCUGUCCUCGGUGACCCUGGUCACCCUCACAGCCAUCAGCCUGCUCACAGAGCCUCCGUCCAAGGAGAUGAUCAGCCGCCUGACCUGGUUUACUCGCCACGACCCGGUAGUCCAGAAGCAGCAGCAGGGGGCGGCGGCCACUCCCCGGCCACCUGCCGUGUGUCAGAACGGGACAGCUGAGACCCACAGCGCCGGCAUCCAGCUGGAGAUGGUGCAGGAGGGCGCAUCCAAAACACACAGUGGUGACGCCAGCCCACAGCAGUCCAAGGUGCUCAGCGCCAUCUUGUGGCUGUGCGGGGUGACAAGCAAGAGCGCGGAGGUGCCCCCGAGCCCAGCCGAACCCACCUUGGCGUCCCUGGAGGAAAACGCCGUGGUGAAAAGGGCCCUGGACAUCAACUGCCUCCUUUGCAUCUGCUGCGCCUUCUUCAUGUGGGGUUACUUCGCCUAG